AUGAUUAAGCAACAUCAAUAUAAGGCCAGUCAAAUAAUGAGGGAGAUAGCUGCUCCAAUACUUUGUAGCAACGGGGUAUUAAGUUUUAAUUUCUCUGAGCUUAAAGAAGGUAAUAAUGAGUUUGAGAAUGGCGUAGUCUUUAGAAGAGGUGACUACUUUUACACUGCAGAACAUUGUGUUGACGAGGAAACAAAAAAGAAGAAUAGAUGCAUGAGAGAUGUGUGUACAAACGACCCGACGGUAAUAGUUGGCUCAGAUCUAAUUGAAAUUAUUGGUAUUGAAUUGGGAAAAGGAAAAUCAGGUUACGUUGUAGUUCAAGAUAACAAACAUUUGUUAUUCCAGUAUAUGAAAGGGGUAAAGCAAUAUGUACAGCAUGCAGCAGACAAAGGAAGCUUUACAACCUCCCCAACAGUAGUAACUACCCCACCAGCAAGUGUCACUAUUAGAGCAGAUUGUACCAGUAUAGGAGAAAUAGACCUAGUAACUGCAAACCUUCCACUACUUAUGAAACAUAAACAUUGUGGUGACCCUAUUCCUACCUACAUAAAAGCUAUAGAAAAAGAGAGAACUAGACCCACCGGUCUUAAGAAAAAGGAGUUAAAUAAUUAUUUCGAUGCUAAGUAUCUCUCUGGCCAAUUUGAGGAUUACGAGACUAAAUGUGGUAGUCGCUGUGAAGGAAUACUUAACACAAGACCAAUAAUUUUAUCUGACAACAUGAAACAAUCAGAGUUAGUGGAUAGACUGCAAUUUCUGAAGUCGAUUAAAGAACACUUUGAAACCGUUGCUUUAAUUUUUUCUGAUAUGAAGACCCUCCAAGAAUUGACAAAAUGUAUCAAAAAGUUGGAACAACAACAACUUUGGACUCAGUUAAGCCCGUAA